AUAAUUUAUUUAUACGAGUAGACUACCAGGGGAACUCGGUGAACGUGAUAUGGAUCGAGCCCUCGUCAGAUCACAAACUAUGACCACCUCACCAGGUUUAUGGAUACUUCUAUCUGGUGUCCUGGCUUUCUCCACCAGAGUGAAGUCCCAGGUUCGGUUAUAUCAUCCCAUCGACAAUGUAAAUCAGAUUAACGCAGAGGAAGUGGGGUUUGUACUUGACCAGCCGACAUCAAAACUAGUCCAAUUUUACAACUCCUUUAACGAAGAUUGCAUAAGUUUUGCUCCCACCUUUAAGAGCCUGGCCAGGGACUUAAGAGAUUGGGAUAGGCUUCUUAAGGUUUACGCCAUUGACUGUGCCAAGGACGAGAAUAUCAGAACAUGUGAUAAAUUGGAAGUCAGUAAAAUGCCCUUGGUGCGCUAUUAUCCUCCAAAAUUCGAUCGCAAUUUGGUGGGAAUCGAGAUUGCUAGCAGAAAACCCGAUGCAAUUAAACAGCAUCUGACUUCUUAUUUAAGUCAACUGAAGCACAGUCCUGAAGAUGAAGAGCUCUUUAAGCCACUUACGAAGGAAGACUCUGCUGACGGUGUUUUUAUCACACAAAACUCCGUAUAUAAUAGCAUAAAAAAUGUGGUUUUAGUCUAUCAACCCAAAUCUUCACUGAUUGGUAUAAGAACUGUAUUGGAGCUGCUAUCUUUGAAGUCAUUAAAAGUGCGUAUCAUAGAAGACCGUCAGAUAUUUGCGAAAUUCGGACUGAAGCCUUCUACUCAAAGCCUGGCCAUCGUAAAUCGUUAUGGAAGCCACCUUUUCCUGACACCACAAAUGGAGACAGGAGAGUCUUACGCAGCUACCGUAAAAGAGCAUUUGAUGAGUCUCGGAGUCAAAAUAAGAAAAAAACCACCCACAACAAAAACCCCGAGUCUUAAAGAGCUUUUCGACAUGAAACAGAAAGCGAUCCUAAGUCAAGCCGUUGAACGACCCCUCCGGACUUACCAAGCCGAUAUAAUCAAGGGUAUUGAAGACUUUCUGGUCACGAUUCUACCAAAUAUACCACUUAUAGCCGGGAAAAGUAAAACAGCACUGGAAUCUUUCAUGAAACUCCUUAUGCGUUGGCAAUUUCGAGGGAAUGGUCAAGCGCAGGCCCAUACAUUCCGAAAUGACACAUAAGGAGGCGAUACUCUGGCUCUGGACAACCCACAAUGAAUUUAAUAGACUCACUGCUGAUCAAGACGGCGAUCCUAUGUUCCCGAAGGUCCAGUUCCCCAGUGCGGAUAGGUGUCCCACCUGUCGGAAUAACAACUCCAGCUGGCGGAAUAACGAAGUGCUGAAAUAUUUAAAACGUCUGCAUCGCUUUGAUAAUUUAAGCCGCUACGGACUCCCCAAUUUGUAAAUAUUAAGAUACAAGAAAUAUAAAAUCAAUGUAUUUAAGUUUUUUAUAAUAGUGGGAAACUAAAAGUAACUAUUUUUAUCUAUUAAGCUAACUAAAGCAGAAAAACACAGUAUUUUUUUUUAGUUUACUUAUUAAAUCGACAAACUCCUGCAUAUCGAACUUCGCAAAUGGGUCCCUUUGCAGGGUUUUAAGCUUAAAGCUCUGAAGAAUAUUAUUACAAAGAAUCAUAGCAUCGCAAUCGUAAUCUUUGACGAUUUGAAUCGGUUGCAUAACUAAAGUGAGGAAAAUUGAAAUACGUCUAUAACUACAUAGAGUUUGUUAGCAGGUUAUAUUAGUAGAAGACAAACAGGGGAGCUUAGAGGACCUGAUAUGGAUCGAUCAAAGAUGGCCAGCUCAGCAGGUUUAUGGAUACUACUGUCUUGUGUCCUGCUUUUCAGCUCCGGAUUGAUGUCCCAGUAUGUCAACGCAGUUACCGUAAAA